GUGAAGGGAACACAACAUGUGCAGCGUGAGAGGGCUGUCUCUUAUCUCCCCGUGACGCUGUAAAGAUCACCUGCUGCACCACCAGCUCUCCCCGAUACCUGCCUCGGGUACUUACACUGUACAUACACUCCAGUAGGUCAAGAAUCAGCAACCAACUGCCUUAGGAAGCCAUGGCGUCAUGGACGUGGAACUGGAAGUUUAUUUUAUUUGCAACUGCUUGUUCAGGUUUAGUGCUGGACGGAGUUGAAAAACAUUCAAGAAACAGUGAUGAUCGAGCUGACUGUCCCUACCUGCAACUGGGGGACCAGUGUCUGCUGUUUGUUAACUUCCAGCUGGACACCUAUGAUGUCGCCCAGGCACUAUGUCAAGGUUUUGGGGGGAACUUGGCCAUUAUCAAGACUGCCACACAGCUGAAAGCCAUCAUGGACUACAUCUAUACUGAUGGAGACACCGAAUCAUCUUACUGGCUGGAUGGCAUGUUUAACAACCACACGAGCCAAUUUACGUAUUCAUCAGGGGAGCUUGUGCCUAUGGACACGCCAUUCUGGAGUGCAAGAUACAAUUUUUCUGAACCCAGUGGUGACGGCCUUUGCAUUGACCUUUAUAACAAGGAACAUCACUACCUGAAUGACGUCCCUUGCAAUGGCAUCCACUGUCCAUUAUGCGAAUUUCCUUUUUCAUCAGCUAAUGAAGAGUCAGAGGAGGCGGUGCAGGAGGUGGCGUGUGAGGCACCGUUCACUGCCGUGGGAGACAUGUGUCUCACCUUCCUCACCCAGGAACACAUGUCCUGGGAGGAGGCUGUGGACACCUGCACCCUGCUGGGGGGACAACUGGCCAUGUUUGACGACAUCGAGAUGCUCAGAAGCAUUUAUUUACAUAUACACGACCAAGCAAUAGAGAGCAAAUCGUUCUGGCUGGCAGGCUCGGAUAUGAUUUCGGAAGGAACCUGGCUGUGGACCAAUGGAAACCCCGUUCCUAUGGGUUCACCUUUCUGGGGGAUCACGACGCCUGCUUACUUGAUAGAACCCAAGUGGAACACUGCCCUAAACUGCCUUGGUCUACAGGCCGCCGGAAAACAUUACUUUAGAGCAGUGGACUGUCAGACCCUGCAGUACCCUCUGUGCAUGGCUACCCAGUCCCAAGGGUCUGCCACAGGCAAUGCAAAAUGAGAUUGUGUCAUUUUCCUGCAACCUCAAUGAUUGUAUCUUCACUGAAAAUUAGGAAAACUUGUUGCAGCCAACAUGUCAUAAAAACUUGUUGCAGCAAAUAUGUCACAAAAAUAAAUGCAUAAAAAUUA